CAGGGCUCCCUCGAGCAAUGCGUCAUCAUCCAUCUCCCUCAUCAUGGCCCACCAAGAAAAAAUAGGCCAGCUUACCCAGCAGGCCUCGACAGACAUCGCCUCGGGCAAUCUGUCCCACGCUGCCGAGCUUCUCCGAGAAGCUUCGGCCAUCCAGCCUGAUAGCCCCCACAUCAAAGAAUUGUGGCAGACGCUGCAGCUGGCAGAGAGCAGAGGGCCUAUUGUGAGGCUCUGCAAGAGCUAUGUCGACUCCAGAUCCGAACCCGACGGCAACGAAGCUGUCCGUUACAUCCAAAAUACCCAGAUCGGUCGGGAUGUCGCCGCUGAAGUCGUGCAAAUCCUCAUGGACUUCACUGGCGAGGAUGCGAUAGCAGACAAAAUUACCGGUGCGCUUUUCAAGGCCCAACCGACCGCCCGAUCAUGCCUAGCCUCGCAUCUCAAGGAUCAGCCGCAUUCUACCUUUGAACGGCUCUUUGAACGAGGUGAUGAAAGUAUCGAUGGUCUUUUUGCUGUUCUCCUUGAUCCCUCUGCUUGGGUGUUAGGGGAAGAAAAGCGAAUCGCUGCUCUGCGAGACAUCUUCAUGCUCUCUCUUGCUCAGAUGAUGGAAGCCGGCCUGGAGCACCCCGAACGAGUCAUGAAAGCAAUCGCGAGGGCCUUGGUGGCAGAAGCAUCCCAUCUCAACGGCAUCAUAGAUGCCGACGGUUUCGAUGUUAUCCUUGCUUCCCUCGACAUCAGGCAGCCUGUGUCGCUCAGAAGCCAGGCUACGCUGGCAACAGCAAAGCUUCUAGAGUUGUCUCCCGACAACUCAACCAAGCUAAUCACUCGAUUUGUCACCCAGAGUGUCGCCCAGCCAACAACUGAUGGCCUUAUCACCGCAUUUUCCGCGGCAGCUGCUAUUUUCCCAAUAGCUACUGCAUCUGCUGCACACCUUUUCUUGACCGAAGGGUUCCUCGAGAACUUCGGCCAUCUCGUUGCGUCCCGUGGAAGUCAGCGGUUGGAACAGGCAGCGCUCGAGUUAGUGAGCGCAGCGUGUAUCGACAAAAAUUGCCGUGAUGCCAUCAAUAAGAAUUGCAGAGACUGGCUCCUGGGCAUUUCCAGGUCCAGUGCGGACAAGAACAAGGCGAACAAAGCUGCGCUUAUUCUCGUAAAAUUGCACCAGGUCAAUUUGGAGGAGGAAAGCGCCAUGACAUCAGAAUCCGAUGACAACGAACAAGAUGAUUUGGUCCAUCGAUUCAAGAGAGUGAUCCUGGAUUCGGCAGUCAUUGCCAAGCAGGAAUCGAUGGAAGGCUUAGCUUACUCCUCACUCCAACCAAAGGUCAAAGAGGAGUUGGCGAAUGACAAACAAUUCCUGAGGGAGCUUAUCAACGUUCUUAGUAACCCCUCGGUCCCAAAACCACUCAUGUUCGGCGGCCUUACUAUCAUCAGCAACCUGACCACCUAUCGUCCUACCCGAACGGAGGAGCAAAAGAAGAUGCAGCAGCUCAAGGCUUAUGCUAACACAAAGAAGCCCGUCCCAGAAGAUCCACUGGAUGAUGACAAGUACGUGACGGCUCGUUGCGGAAAGUUGAUAGACGCCGGUGUAGUGCCUUUGCUGGUCGUGGAAUGCAAGAGGGCAUCACCAAGCGUCCUUGCUCAGAUCCUUCAGACCUUCCUUUCCCUAUCCAGGGAGCAAAAACACCGGGGAACGAUGGCACAACAGGGUGCAAUCAAGACCUUGCUGCAAGCUUCGGAAAUCGCUACAAGCCACCACCAGCACACGCAAACAUCUUAUGGUCAGGCAUCCGCACGUACAGCAGCUCAUGCCCUAGCCCGAAUCCUCAUAUCCGUUAAUCCAAACCACAUCUUCUCUGCUUCAAGUGCUCUGCCAAUCACCUCGGCGAUAAGAUCCCUGAUUACUCUCCUCGAGGACGACCCAACACAAGAGCAGCGUGAUCUGCUCCCUAUCUUCGAAUCUCUGCUCGCUCUUACUAACCUUGCUUCGACCGGAGAAGAUGCCGCCAACACUAUUAUCCGACUUACGUGGUCAAGACUGGAGGAUCUCAUGCUGGCAAACAACACCAUGGUCCAACGUGCUGCAGUGGAACUGGUGUGCAAUCUCAUGGCCUCGCCUCAAGGAGUCUUCAAAUUUGCGGAUGGCUCGCCUCAAGCGAGCAACCGUCUACAUGUUCUGCUUGCGUUGUCAGACGUCGACGACUUUGCAACGCGCUGUGCAGCUGGUGGUGCAUUGGCAAUGCUCACAGAAUGGGAUGCUGCAGUUGAGGCUGUCUUGAAGCGUGAUAGGGGCGUGGAAAUCCUUUUCGGGCUCUGUGAGGAUGAUAGCCAGGACUUGCAGCACCGCGGCGUUGUCUGUAUCAAGAACAUUGUCUCUGCUCCAGGCGAAGCUGGUGCCAAUGGGAGAGAGAAGGUCAAGGCACUGAACGGUGUGGAGAAGUUGAAGGAUGUCUUGAAGAAGAGCCGGAAUCCUGAGGUGCUGAGUGAAGGUGUGGCAGCCCUGAAGGCAUUGGUUUGAUCACGAGUCUCAAGUGCAGAUUGCACGAAAUAGUUUAGCGAUGCGAGUUGGGAGCAAGGUUCUUAUGCUUUUAGGAUCAAUUGUCUGGGUGGUCUUGAAUACGAUAGUCAUGAUACACAGGUCACUAUUCUUACUUUACAUCGCCUGGUCUAUGUUUCGGUCCAAUUUCAAAUAUAGCCAUGAUUG